AUGGCUACGGAAACUGAAGUGGUGGCUCCGGUGACCAACGGUGGAGUCCAAGGAUGUUGCAAAUCGGGCCCUGGUUACGCUACGCCACUAGCCGCCAUGUCCGGCCCAUCGGAAAAUCUCAUCUACGUCACCGCCGUCUACACUGGAACGGGACGAGAGAAACCGGAUUACUUGGCGACGGUGGAUGUGGAUCCAAGCUCAUCAACAUAUUCAAGUGUCAUUCACAGAUUGCCAAUGCCUUUCUUGGGUGAUGAGCUUCAUCAUUCUGGUUGGAACUCUUGUAGUUCUUGCCAUGGUGAUGCUUCUGCUGAUAGACGUUAUCUCGUGUUACCAUCUCUUGUAUCUGGCCGUAUCUAUGCGAUUGACACAAAGGAAAACCCGAGGGCACCUUCUUUGUAUAAGUAUGUAGAUCCUAAAGAGAUUGCUGAAAAGACCGGAUUGGCGUAUCCACACACGGCUCAUUGUCUUGCCUCCAGCGAAAUCUUGGUGUCUUGUCUUGGAGACGAAGAAGGAAACGCUAAGGGGAAUGGGUUUCUUCUUCUUGACUCUGACUUCAACAUCAAGAAUAGGUGGGAGAAACCAGGACAUAGUCCCUUGUUUGGGUAUGAUUUUUGGUACCAACCUCGUCACAAGACGAUGAUCAGUACUUCUUGGGGAGCACCUAAGGCUUUUACCAAAGGCUUUAACCUCCAGGAUGUUGCUGAUGGCUUGUACGGAAGACACCUACAUAUUUAUAGCUGGCCAGGAGGUGAAAUGAAACAAUUGGUUGAUCUUGGCGAGACUGGUCUCUUGCCUUUGGAGAUUAGAUUCUUGCAUGAUCCGUCUAAAGAUACAGGGUAUGUAGGGAGUGCGUUGUCGAGUAAUAUGAUAAGAUUUUUCAAGAACAGUGAUGAAACAUGGAGUCAUGAGGUGGUUAUAUCAGUCAAACCAUUGAAAGUAGAGAACUGGAUUCUUCCAGAAAUGCCGGGGCUUAUCACUGACUUCUUGAUCUCCCUCGAUGACAAAUUCAUCUACUUUGUGAACUGGCUUCAUGGAGACAUUCGUCAGUACAACAUUGAAGACCCUAAAAACCCUGUUUUAACUGGACAAAUUUGGGUUGGAGGGUUGCUGCAAAAGGGCAGUCCUGUUAAGGCUGUUGGAGAAGACGGCAAUACUUUCCAGUUUGAUGUUCCCCAGAUCAAGGGGAAAACUUUAAGAGGAGGACCUCAGAUGAUUCAGCUGAGCCUUGAUGGGAAAAGAUUGUAUGCGACAAACUCGCUCUUUAGUGCAUGGGAUCGUCAGUUUUACCCGGAACUAAUGGAGAAAGGGUCACACAUAAUUCAGAUUGAUGUUGAUACAGAGAAAGGUGGUCUCACCAUAAACCCUAAUUUCUUUGUGGACUUUGGUGAUGAACCUGAUGGUCCUGCGCUUGCCCAUGAGAUGAGAUAUCCCGGUGGAGACUGCACCUCCGAUAUCUGGAUUUGA